AUGUCAGCACAACCAGCACCCACACGCCCUGCACCCGAUCGACGCUCGUCCACAGCUCCCAAACGCACCUCGCUCCUCCCAAAACCGUCGUCAAUCUUCGUAGAUGGCUCUGUGCUCAUCGCACAACACGCCCAACUGACCGGCACAUACCCCAUCACAAUCGGCUCAAGUACAGUCCUCCACCCCCACAGCAAGUUGAGCAGCGCAAUUGCACCGGUAGUUGUGGGCGAAGGCUGUGUGGUUUAUGAGCGAGCCAAAGUGGGCGUGGGCAUGGGUCCUGAGCCCGACGCCGAGACCAAGCGCAUCAGUAUGAUCUCGGCGCGGAGCAGCGCGAGCAUCCGGGACUCGAUGAGAGCAGAGGGUACUGUGCUAGGGAAGAACGUAGUCGUUGAGUCUAAUGCAAUUGUCGAAGCUGCCGAGAUAGGCGAAGGGAGUGUUGUAGAGGUUGGCGCCCAGGUAGGGAGGGGUAGUAUCAUUGGCAAGUAUUGCACUAUCUCGGCCGCUUCGAUUGUCCCACCGUAUACGCAUUUACCCGACUUUACGGUUGUGUUCAGUGGCUCGGAACGGCGCGUAGACAAGACACUGCAGUUGCGGCCUGAAUUGCUCGAUGCGAAGCUGGCUGUACACUCGAGACAACUGGAUAUGUUCAAGAAACUAAUACCGAACAAUGUGGCGAAGUGGGCAUAA